AGUAAUAACGUUUGGUUGUUAGUAUUUUUGACAUAAUAAUUUCAUUCCCAUCUAGAAAGCGCUUCAUCAUUCUCUGGUUUUUUAGAGUGUGCACUGCUAAUUUAGUUUUCAUGUUACAGACAGCAUUCAUUAUUUAGAAAGCACACCAGUAGAUGAAAGUGGACAGUUAAUCAAAGAUGCUAUCUAUGCAGAAAAUUCAUUGGCUCUGAAGAAGACAAGUAAAGCAAAAGAAAGGCGCUUUCACAGUCAAGCCAUAAAUAACAUCGAUAAAGAAAUUGACAAGUUGGAAGAUUUGUCUUUGAAGGUACAGUUCUAACAAAGCGACGUUUAUUUGUUUGGUUGUAUGUUUUUUAAUUUUCUGAAAAACUUGUUUACUUUUUAUGGUUUUAGUUUAAAACUCAUAAUGAAUCAAGCACCACAAAUGGGGAUGAGGGAAGGAAAACCCAGGAUGAGCAAGAAGGAAAUGAUAACAACAGUGAAGUAAUAACAACGGAUGGUGCUGACCAUCUGGAUGCUACAGCCGGAAACAUUAUCCAGACACAGUCUGUGAACUGCAUCCCUGCGUCUUGCCCUCUAGCAAAUAUAAUGAAAAUUGCAUCUCAUGAAAAUUUAAACUUUUUGGAAGAGAUUCUGAUAGCCAUCUGUCAACAUAGGCAGAAUUCCCAGGAUCAAGAACAAGAAAAUAAAUUACCUCCAACCCAAGAAAAUUCACCUCCAACCCAAGAAAACAAUGAAAUAGAAUUACCACCAAUUUCUCUUGGGGAUCAAUUCAAAGCCUUGCCAUGCUAUCAACUUACUUCUGAUAAGAUGCCCCUAGUAGAAAAUAAUGGUAUAUACAUUGAAAGGAUGAUUUACGCCUCCAUUCCACAUGUUACACCACAGUUAAUUCAGGACAAGGGCAAAAAAAUGGCAGAUGAUGGUAGUCUAUUUCCUCGAGGAAUGAUCAAAUACUUAUAUGAACUGUUAGUUCCCGAAGUUAUUCGAAAAGUGGCAGAACCAAGUGAUAUACCACAGGAUAUUAAAUUUGUCAUUAAAAGUAUGUAUCAAAAUAUUGCAUACCUAACGAACUAUAGAGGUAAUCUAACUCUUUUUGUCUUCAUUUCAGCAUACAUCAAUUUAAGGCUCCCUCCGACAGUCAAACUGAUUGAUACCAAAUUGAACGAGGCUCUCUACGAUAUCUGUCGGAAGGAAAAGAAGAAGCAAAUCAAAUCUUAG